AUAUAAAUUGUGAUUCUAAUUCAAAAUUAUCAUUUGUAGAAUCUAAUUUUGGUUGUUCUUCGAGAGGCAUUUUUGUUUUUUCGUUGGUAAAAAAAAAAAUUCAAAAUUUUUGUUUUGUUUGGGGAUUGAUCAAAAUCGAGUAAACUCAAUCGAAUGACACGUCGUUUGUGAACAAUACACUAAUUUUGAGCGUUAAAAUUUUUAUUCAUUCGAUCGAAUAUUUUCUGGAUCGACGUAAAUAAUGAAAUAAUUUUUUGGAUGUAAAAUUUUCAAAUCAAUAUUUCAAAAUGGCAAGACAUUCAAGAAAUUCAUCAAAACUUUCAACAUCCCAACAACCACAAACACCGGGUAAAUCACGACUAUUACGAUCAAGUUUAAAAAAUUCAUCAGGGGAAAAAUCAUCAACUCUAAGACGUCGUUAUCGUCCCGGUACGAUUGCAUUACGUGAAAUUCGGCGAUAUCAAAGUACCACACAUCAACUUAUUCCUCGUUUACCAUUUCAACGUAUUGUUCGUGAAAUUGCACAAUCAUUAAAAGAUACAUUGCGUUUUCAGCCAUUAGCAUUGGAAGCCUUACAAGAAGCUGCUGAAUCUUAUCUGAUAGUUUUAUUUGAAGAUGCCAAUCUUUGUGCCAUACAUGCUCGCCGUGUUACAAUCAUGCCAAGAGAUAUAAAUCUGGCCCGACGUAUACGUGGAAAUAAUUAAUUGUCAAUAUUAAUCAUCAUUAUCAUCAUAAUCGACAUUAUAUUUAUUCAUUUCAAUUUGAUAACCAUAUCGUAUAUAUA